UUAUCGCAGUGAACGCACCCCCUCUUGCGUUAACCGUAGUUGUUAUGAAGGUUCUAUGAAUUUCGUCAAUUCUAACAUUUAAAUAUCUGAUAGAAUGACCAUGAUUUCAAAGGCUGCAGUGGGUAUAGCUGUUGGCAUUGCUGGAAUCUUUGUUGGCUAUUGCUUUUAUUUCGAUCAAAAGCGACGAAGCGAACCUGAUUUCAAAAAGAAACUUCGCGAGCGUAGAAAAGCUAGGAAACAAGCACAAAAAGCUGCCUCUAGAAUUCCAGACUUAAAAGACCAAGAAGUAGUCCAACGAUUCUUUUUACAGGAGGUGCAACUCGGGGAAGAAAUGUUAUCUUGCGGAGAUUUGGAAGGUGGAGUUGAGCAUUUAUCUAAUGCCGUUGCGGUCUGUGGCCAACCACAGCAGCUCCUUCAAGUUCUACAAAAAACACUGCCACCUCAAGUAUUUGAACUUCUUUUACAGCGAAUACAAUCAGCAGGCCAGAAACUCAUGACACAUGCUGUAGUGGCAGAAGAUGAUGUUGAGUAAUAUAAUAUCAAGUCUCGUUGGUUUUUUCAAAAUAAAAGUCAACAAUAGUAGAAAGAUAUGCUGUUUUUGCAUAAGAUAGUCACUUGUAUAGAUUUUAUGCAGGGUCCUCGGCCAUAAAUUACUUGAUAUCGCCAGCAUUUAACUUCUAUCUUCUUACGUUUUAGCCAUUCAAUGUAUUCAAAUAUACUUAUAAAAACGUUAGAACAAUUACAAGGUAAUGCUUCCUU